CCAUGUCGUCUCAGUCAUCACAGAAAAGAAAAUUUCUUACUCCUUUCAUUUCGCCCUUGACGACCGGCGUUAAAAAAUUGUCAGAAAAUCCAACAGUCAUACAGAAACAAUACCGCAAUAGCAGUAUUUCAGAGGGGAGAAGAGAAUCGAGCAAGAAUGAGUAUAGAUAUAACAACUGUCAACCAAAAAGCCCGAAGAGAACACUUUACAUAUUCAAAGAGCCGUUAGAAAAUGCAGAAAUCAUUAAAAAUGAAGGCACUUCAAAGAGGGAAAAGCGCUAUUUAAUACAACCAGCAAUCGCAGAGAAAAAUAAACAUGAAUCCACCAUCUACGAAAUCACUGAAGAGUCUGCACAUGAACCACUCUAUAACAUAGAUACCUGGUUGAAUGAAUCUGCAAGAAUAACUGGUACUAAAUCAACUGUGUCCCCGCAUAGGCGUGCACGUGAAUCUUGUCAUCAGCAUCCUCAUUCAUGUGCACGUGAAUCUUGUCAUCAACAUCCUCAUUCAAAGAAAGGAAAGAUUACAAGGAAAACUGCUGCAACCGAAAGACAGGUAAAACUAAAUGUAUUGUGUUCGAUACUAAAGAUGAAGAAUGAACUACAAAUAAUACGAAACAGAAGAGAGAAGCUUUGUGGCAACUUAAAGGAAAAUACUACUUACCAAGAAGAAUAGGUACUAAAACAGAUGAAUUAACAAAAUCUAUCAACAUUCUAAUA